AUGGAUAGUUUUGGUGGUGGCGGUGGUUUUGGCGGAGGUGGGUACAUGCAAGAUGGUGGGGGAUUUGGUUCUCCCAUGACAGACUCACAAGAAAAGAAGGUCAGUUCUCUUCUUUGUUUUCAAGAAAUAAAACAUACAUUAACUUUUUUUACCUUAUUCUGUUAAUACCCUGAAAUGCCAUUUUAUCUUUAUUUGAUGGUUAAUUAUUCUAUUUUUGCACUUUAGGUAAUUAGUAUUUUACUCAUUUUUCCUUCCUUAAUUGUGGUAUUUCUUUCUAUCCCCCCACCUUUUCUUGUGGAUUCCUGUCUUUUUACCCCCUUAUAAUCCAGUCCUGCCUUUUCCUUAUUUGAACUGUUAGGUUAAUGUUUCUUGCCCUCUUCAUUAUCUUGUCCUGAUCAGUAAUCUUGCAGUGUUAAAUCUUUUUUAUAGCGUUUUUCAGCUAAAGCUCAGUCAAUACUUCCUUGCACUAUCAAACAGCUUCAUAGUGCAACAUAUAAUCAGACAGAUGAUUCAUUCAAACUUGGGGAUAAUGAAUUGAAUCAGGUUUGUUUACAAUAAUUAUUGCUUUAGGAAUUAAUUGAGUUAUAGACUCUAAUAUUUUCAAAUAAAAGUUACAUUGUAUGAACUAAUCAGAAGCCACAUCCCCUUGUUUCUUUUCCAGUGGGUUAAAGUAACACUACUGGUCUAUCCUUUAAGAUUUAAUGGCUUUAAGUCGGUAAUAUAAAAAUGUAGUGCGUCAAAGGUGGUUGUUUGAGUUUUGUUGACAGUGACUGUCAUUUCAAUGAUCUCAGCUUAAGAAAUGUUCAGCAAGGCUUGUAUUGUUUAUUUUCAGGUAACAAUAGUUGGUGUUAUUCGAGAUGCACAGGAGUCUGCAACCAAUAUUAUGUAUACAAUCAAUGACAUGACAGGAGAUGACCUUCUUGUUAGAAAAUGGAUCGAUAAUGAGGUAGGGUAACUUGUCAACAUUCUGUAUGUUAAACUCUGAAUCCCAUUCACCUCAAGGCACAGUGCUGUAAAUAGUGCUUAUCAUCAGAUAAAUCACAGUACAAAGGAUGAUCUUUACCAACCAACUGUAACAGUGAUGUGAAGACCAUCAUGUCAAAGGUUUGCACAGGCUUUCUUCCCAUGGAUGACCCCCAGAUGAGAGCCCCAUCUACAGUUCCACAGAGUGACUUGUGGUGAGAGACAGCUGUAGGAUCCUUUCUUUUUUUGAAGGCCUUGUGGGCAUAAAAAGCUAUAGGCCAUUUGCACAGUUAAGUCAUUUUGCUACUAUGAACUGAAUCCUUCAGCAUUUUCCUUUCUUUUGCAAAUUAGGACUUUUGUUAUUCAUACCUCGCUGGGAUUACCAAAUUUAAAUAUGAAACAAAAAUCGAAAUAACGCCAUCAUGAAAAUUGCCUAAAUUGCCUAGCCAUAAAAUCUGCUUGUUAGGAACAACCAAUUGGGACUUGUUGUUCAUGGGUGAUACAUACAUGUAUACUGCCUCAUACUGCCAGGAUCAAUAAUACCUGCCUGUUGUAACUCAUGACUCUUAUUGUCCAGGGACAGUGAUUUAUCUAGGAGGUAGCAAAAUCUACAACCCAGAGCCUGGUCUUAAUGUGUGCAGACCCAGGGGGGGUACUCGGGAUUUCAAGUGACGGGGAUGAUCGAAUGGAGUCAAAAGUCAAGACCCAAAAAAAUCCCUAGGGCUUCCAGCAAAACCCAAAAAAAUCCCUGGACCAAAAAUGCAGACUAUUGUAUAACAUUUGUGAUGUGAAGCGACACCAUAGUUAACUAUUAAACAACAGCAAAACACGUUUGUUUGUACUUUACUCGCAGAACUAAGCAGCGAGGGCACUACUGAUUCUUUUUAAUACCCCCAAAAAAUCCCUACUCAAAUCAAGGUACCCAAAAAAAUACUUGCCAAAUUUUCGUACCCAAAAAAAUCCCAGAAUCGAAAGUUUCAAACCCAAAAAAAUCCUUCGAUCAUCCCCGUCAUUUGAAAUCCCGAGUACCCCCCCUGGGUGUGCAGACAAGUAAAAGGGUUCCUUAAAUUUACUUAUUCAAACAAUGUACCUUUUAUAGGCUCUGUAUAUGCUUUGUAAGUUGCUUUUUGUAUUGAAAUAUUAGCUAUGGUACCAAUUAUUGAAAUUGAAAAAAAAUUGUUCUUGUUCAUAACUGUGUAGGAAAGUGAUACAGAGAGAGAUAGACGAUCUGCUUGCAGGUAAUUUUUAAAAGUUAUAAUGAGCACUCAUCAAAACAGCCUGCCGUCCAAAACUGAUUCCCUUCUAUUGAUAAUCACUUGACAAUGAUUCAUGGCAAAUUGUACUCUAGAAAAUCCACUAGAAAAGGAAGGGUUGUUGACCAUUUGAAGGUACCGGUAAGAAUAUCUUAGAUUUUGGGGGAGGGUGAUGGGGGUGGGUGGAGCAGUAUACCGUUCUGCUUGCAAAAACUGGCCAAAUUUCCCAAAAAUUUUCUAAGGCUCGCCUCCCUCUUUAAGUGUAAAACUUCAGGAGGCAUGGU